GAAAUCAGUCAUGAUACCAAGAAAUUCCGGUUUGGGCUGCCUUCAUCAGAUCAUAUAUUAGGAUUACCUGUAGGCCAACAUGUUUAUCUUUCUGCAAAAAUUGAUGGUAAUCUGGUGAUUCGAGCCUAUACCCCAGUUUCCAGUGAUGAGACAAAAGGUUAUGUUGAUUUAAUUAUAAAGGUCUACCACAAAAAUGUGAAUCCCAAGUUUCCAGAAGGUGGGAAGAUGUCCCAGUACCUAGAUGGCAUGAAGAUCGGAGAUAUUAUUGACUUCAGAGGGCCAAAUGGGCUUCUUAUCUAUAAGGGAGCAGGUACUUUCCUUAUCAAGCCUCAUAAGAAGGCUGAAGCAGAGAAAAAGUUUGCAAAGCAUCUUGGGAUGAUAGCUGGAGGAACAGGAAUAACUCCUAUGUUGCAGCUGAUCCGUCAUAUCACAAAUGAUCCUAAGGACUCCACAAAAUGUUACCUUCUUUUUGCUAAUCAGACAGAAAAAGAUAUAUUGCUGAGAGCUGAGCUCGAAGAUAUUGCUAAGAGGCAUCCUGAUCAGUUGAAGCUUUGGUACACACUGGACAGACCUCCACAAGAUUGGAAGUACAGUUCUGGCUUCAUCACUGCGGACAUGAUUAAAACCCACCUCCCUCCCCCUGGCAGCGAGACACUCGUUCUCAUGUGUGGGCCACCACCUAUGAUUCAGUUUGCAUGUCAGCCCAACCUGGACAAACUUGGCUAUUCCAAGAGCAGUACAUUUUCUUACUAAUGCUGAUGUCAUCCAAUACCUUUUUGUAAACAAUGGAGAUUGUGGACCUGAAUCCGUUCCCGAAGAAAGAGGUGAAAGGUCAUCUGAGACUACUGUACCAUCCACAUUCUCUGUUUCUCCUGGGUUAAGAACAGUAA